AGUUGCAGCUGCGCAGCAGGCUCUUAGUAGGAGGUGGAGUGUUGUCUCAGUUUGCGUCCGUUUAUUGCUGUAAGGGCGUUAAGAUUGAGUGUGAAUAUGGGAAAAUUAAAGGUGUGAAUGUAACAUUCUAGUGUUAGUGGCACACUGCCAAUGUGAGUGUGAACUUUAGGGUGCCACUGGUGAGCUACGGAAGUUUGGAGUGGUUAUUGGCGCGCAUUAAGUAUGGGAGUGGGUGAAUUUUGGGGUUAUUCGUGGCAAGUGUGGGAGUGAACUGUAAGCUGCCAGUCAGUUAUUUUCAUAUUGUGGGAAAGUGUUGAUAGAGUAAAUCGCUGAUCAGAUUCUUGUAUUAAAAGAGUGACUUCACUUUCAAAAGUCUUUUGUUCUAAAAUUACUUUCUGAUAAGGACUUGAAAGGUGAUACUUAACUACAAGGACUUUUUAAGAACAUCUAAUUAGAAUACUUUUAAUGCCUGUGAUCAUCAGGAGGAUUUUUGAGCUAUGAUUUCUUUUAUGAUAUGAGCGCGUGUAGAUUUUUUAAGGCUCAAAAAUAUUUGGGGGUGUAAUUAUAACUUUAAUAGUUGAGUACAUUUUCAACAUUGGGUUUUCUGGGGUGAUGCUGCAGAAUGAAGUGGACUUUAUGUCCCCUGACAUACAAAAGAACAAGACAGAGCUGCUGUGACUUUAUGUAUGUUCUAAAAUGGAUUUGGGCGAGGCUGAUGAGAAUAUAGAUGAUAAUCAAUGGGUUUGCAUGCGAAAGAGAGUUAGGGAAGUUAAGGAGACCCUGCCACCUAGUAAGAAAACGAGCAUCAGUGUUUCUGAAAUAACUCAGAAGCAAAAGGAGGACGUGCAGUUUGAAGCAUUAGUAGCCCAGGACCAUAUGGACCAGGUUGACUCCGACAGUCAAGUGGACCUCUUUGGAGACUAUGAUAGUUUUGGAGAUGACAGCUGGUUACAGGCACAGUUUGAAGGUUCAGAAAGAAAACAUUCUGUUUGUACUUCAAGUCCAAAGAAUAAUGAAGGGGAAAAUACUCUGGGUCAUAUAACAUUUCAGAAUUCUGGCACGCUUAAUUUACAAAAUGAUGAGAAUAAUAUUUACAAACUUACAGAAGAUGUUGAAUCAAUUAAAGAUGCCUGUAGGAGUAGAAGUACUAUUACAACUGAACAGUUUUGUUCUAAAACUUUGUCUGUGUUGCAUGCUGGAAAUAUGGAUGAACUGGAUGAAUUACCAAGCUCACAGCUUGCACUAAUGGAGGAAUUUGACACUCCACUGGUAAAACAUGAAAGCAAAACCGUAGAGCCAGAAGCCAUCCAGUCAUUGAACUGCAUUGAGGAGGACCAUUUUAGCAAUCCUUCGGUCUUGAAUAAAGGAAUACAAAAUCUUAAUGCUCAAAACCAAUCAAGGACAACAAAUUCUGGAACGCAUAAGCAGCUAAGCCUCAAAGAUCAGAUGAAAAAUGUCAUGACUGAAAAUGCUAAGUCGCCAACACCACAAUUAUCAAGGAGUAAACAGUUGAAGGAGAUUAUCCUAUCUGAACAAAUAAAUGUUGCAAUGAAAACUAUUGAAGCUACUUCAGAUAUUGAUAUGGGCCCUUUUUAUGGACUUCCAAGCAAAGUUAAGGAUUUGAUAUUCCAGAUCAAAGGCAUCAAAGAGCUUUACGAGUGGCAACAUGCUUGCCUGACAUUAAAAUCUGUGCAAGAAAGAAAAAAUCUUAUUUAUUCUCUGCCAACAAGUGGUGGGAAGACAUUGGUUGCAGAAGUUUUGAUCAUGCAGGAGCUACUGUGCAGGAAAAGAGAUGCACUGUUUAUUUUGCCAUAUGUGGCUAUUGUCCAGGAGAAGGUGCGAGAUCUUUCAGCUUUUGGAAUAGAAUGUAAUUUCUUAGUGGAAGAGUAUGCUGGAGCUAAAGGCAGGUUCCCACCAAUCAAGCGAAGAAAGAAGAAUUCUCUGUAUAUUGCAACGAUUGAGAAAGCCCACAGUUUAGUGAAUUCCCUAAUAGAAACAGAAAGGAUUAAUGCUUUGGGUCUUCUUGUGGUUGAUGAGCUGCACAUGCUUGGUGAAGGGAGCCGUGGAGCAGUACUGGAAAUGACAUUGUCUAAAGUCCUCUACAUGACCAAAGCCACACAAAUCAUUGGAAUGAGUGCAACCCUGAGCAACGUCUCUGAUUUGCAGCAAUUUCUGAAGGCAGAACAUUAUACUAGUAACUUCCGACCUGUCCAGUUAAAAGAAUAUGUUAAAAUUCGUGAUAGUAUUUACGAGGUGGACAGCAAAUCAGAAAAUGGUUUUGUAUUUGCUCGACUAUUGAACUACAAGUAUUCAAGUGCAAUGGAGAAAAUUGAUCCAGAUCAUCUUAUUGCACUUGUGACUGAAGUUAUCCCGAAGUAUUCUUGUCUUUUGUUCUGUCCAACCAAAAAGAAUUGUGAAAAUGUGAGCAAGAUGCUCUGCAAGUAUUUAAACAAGUCAUUUCUUUCAGUCAAGAAGGAAGAAAAGUGUGUUCUUAUUAAGGAGUUGAAAAACAUAGGAAAUGGUGUGAUAUGCCCAGUUUUACGUGGAACUGUGCCAUAUGGAUUAGCAUACCAUCAUAGUGGGCUGACAAAUGAUGAAAGAAAAGUUUUAGAGCAGGCCUACUCUGCAGGAGUACUCUGCUUGCUAACUUGUACGUCCACACUUGCUGCUGGUGUUAACCUACCAGCUCGGAGGGUUAUUCUGAGAUCUCCUUAUGUUGCCAGAGAUUUUCUAAAAAGAAAUCAGUACAGACAGAUGGUUGGGAGAGCUGGCCGAGCUGGUAUUGAUACAGAAGGAGAAAGUAUUCUGAUAACACAAGAACAGGAUAAGAAACUGAUUGCAGACUUGGUAAGUAGACCAGUGGAGUGUUGCUAUAGCAAUCUUAUACAAGAUGGUGAAAAAGGAAUUAAAGAUCUGCUGCUAUCCCUUAUUGGACUAAAGAUUGCUCAGACACUUGAUAAAAUUGUUGAGUUCAUGGAAAUCACUUUGCUUGGAGUGCAGAAGCAACUCCAUUUCAAAGAAAAAACCUUUUUGGAAGUCAUAGAACAAGCUCUUCAGCCUUUGUUGGAAAAAGGUUUAAUAAAAGGCCAAGUAUCAAGGAGUAGCGAAGGUGAACAGAGAAGCUGUCAACUGGAAAUCACAAAUCUGGGUCGUGCUGCUUACAAAGGGUCAAUAGACUUGGCUUACUGUGAUACUUUAAACAUGGAUUUGAAGAAAAGUUUGGAGGGAUUGGUACUUGACAACUACCUUCAUUUAAUUUAUUUGAUAACACCAUAUGAUAUGGGUUCCCAAUGUUCUCCAGACUGGAUGAUUUAUUUUAGACAGUAUCAUCAGUUGGAUGUAAUUGAACAAAAGGUCUUUGCCGCUGUAGGUGUACCAGAAAGCUUCCUUACAAAGAAGGCAUCUGGUCAAGCAGUCAAGAAGGCUAUAAAUUGGUCUGUCGUAAGAAGGUUGUACCUGACCUUGGUCCUUUACUCGCUUUUCAAAGAGAUGAACAUGUGGGCUGUGGCACAGAAAUUUAACCUACCCCGUGGCUUUAUGCAGAAUUUGUUGAGUUCAGCAGCAGCUUUCUCCUCCAGUGUCCUGCGUUUCUGUGAGGAAUUAGAGGAAUUCUGGGCAUAUCGAGCUCUCUUUACAAACCUGACUCAGAAACUGUCAUACUGUGUGAAACCCGAACUUAUUCCUCUUAUGGAAAUAUCAGGUGUCCAAGAGGCUCGAGCUCGACAGUUAUACAAUGCUGGUUAUAAGUCUUUAUCUUAUCUGGCUAAUGUAAGCCCUGAAACACUGGUCAAAUCAGUUGAACAUAUGUCCAGACGCCAAGCGAAUCAAAUAGUUUCUUCUGCCAAGAUGCUGCUAAAUGAAAAAGCAGAAGCUUUACUAGAAGAAGUAGAAGAGCUAAUGAGACUACCCAUUGACUUACAUGAAUGUACAUAAUGGAUUUUGCCAUCAACUUGCCAAUCUGCAGCUAUUGUUCUUCACAAUUGCUAAUGAACAAAGAUAUGGUCUGUAUUGUACAUACUUGUAACUGCAACACAUUCUUGAACUAAGUGGGGUUUUAGGUUACUUUGUUACAUUUUUAAACUCAGUAGAAAAGUUGUCCAAGUAUGCAAAAACUGCCUCUGUCUAAACUAUAAUGUUAAUAGUUGUUCAUGUAGAAGGGAUGGAGUAACUUCAAAAUUGUGCCAUUAUUCAAACUUCUGUAUUCAUACCUUUUUAUAAAAGUACAUAAAGCAAGUACAAUAAAAUAUUAGAAACUUCUAUUGCUUAUAUGUUUUUGAGUGGUUCUGGGGAGUGGGAUUCCGAGGGAGAAAAUGCAUGUGUGUUUUUGAAGUGGAUGAUUCUGACAUUUGGACACUGACCUCAUGCUUCCAGGGUGGAUGAUGUAUUUUUACAUGCACAAAAGAUAGUGCAAGGUUAAUUGAUUAUUUUUUAAUCAAUAUAUAAAUAUGACCCACCCUUCAAAAAAAAAGUAGGUUAAAUAAAGAGCAAAAAUGAAAUUAUGAAAAUAGAUUAAUUACCAUUAUUUUGGUAGUUUUGUCCAUUGAAAAAAGUAAACCAAUUUGAUUCUCCUGUGGUAGACAACCAUUCACUACUUUCUCUAAUACUUGUUGCCUAUGCCUUGUGCAUUUUGUAAUAUUUCACUGUUCAGUCCUUGCUUUCCCACUUCUCCCAAUAUUUCCACAUGCAGUCCUCUCCAUGUUCCCAAUCUCACCACUUCAUAAAACUGCCAACUCAUCCAAUGCAUCUCACCCUUCAUAAACUUCCUUCCUACCAUUUCUAUGCAAGUAAAAUUAACUCCACACUCGUAGGUAGGCUUCAAACUGACAAGUGCAACUCCUACAAUACUGUAGGAUAAUUGUUUUGAAUUUAUUACCAUAAUCAUGGAUGUGGGUAACGUAAGACUAUUGCCAACUGUAACAUUGUGAGUAAAGAUGGUGGUAGGAAAAUGACAGACAGGUAUAGUAAAUACAUGCAGAUGAGUCAAGGAGUGGCUUGAUGGGAUUAUUUUGAGAGUAGCAUGGACUCAAUGGGUCAAAUGGGCUCUACUGUUGUAACAUGAUUAUGAAUAAUUCAAUGGCCUAAAUACUCUCCAGGAUAAAGAUAAUAUCCAACUACUUAGUUUAAUCAACAUCAAAGGAGAUUUGCUAUAAGUUUUUAAGUAAUUUCAUUUUGCUUUAACCAUUUAGUAACUUCAGCUUUUGAUUGGUGGAAUGUCGGAAUAUUUAUUCAUUUUGAACUAGAAAACCCCUAAUUAAGCUCUGCAGUUUAAUGAUGCACGGUGAUCCCGCCGAAGUAAACUGUUUUAUAGCCCAUUUCCCGGUUCUAAACACCCUGGGAAAAUGCCUUUACCCAAUUCAGAGAAGAUGCAUUGUGAAGUCAUUCUGAACAGUUUUUCUUGGCCUCCAUAAUUCUGCCUGUUGCUUUCAGAAUGAAAUCCAUUGGUGCUGUUUUCUUGAUUUGUUUACAGUAUUUGCCACUGAAGCAUAGGAAAACGCAUCUGAUUUUUUUCUUUCCAUUAGUUACGGUUUUAGGAACGGCUUCUUCCCCUUCACCAUCAGAUUUCUGAACAGUCCAUGAACACUAACUCUUCAAGGGAAGCCUACCCUGAAGAAGUUUAAAUCUUCUCUUCAAGUGUUCAGUGAAAUCCUCUCUCACUUCUCCCCCUUCAUGAUCUCUACUGCCCUCUGACUCUUCAAUAAUAUACUCUCCCAGACUUGCUACCACAGUCACAUAUCCUUUGUGGAAACUUGUCUUUGCCGCUGUCUUGUUCUACAUGUCUUUCAGCUCUGUUUUCAGGCCUCCUGGUUUAAACCCACUGAGGAUCCCAGGUACUUGUUUUUGAUUGACUGCUUCACUUGCUGCUUCUCCCUCCGAAUUUUGCGUGCC